ACAACGUUAAAAGAAUUUAUGAAAAAAUUUAAUUUUAAACUGGAAAGAGAAUAUGGAGCUUAUGGAGCAAGAGAAAGUGGCUUUUCAGAAGAGAAAAAAUGGACCAAAGAGGGAAUCCAAAAUCAUCAAAGCAUUGGUUGUCAUUAUUGUGAUUCUACUUUUUCUGGUCAUUACUUUUAUUGUGUACGCUGUUACCAAGCAAGCGUCAUGCACUUGUAAAAAGCUAAACGUAAGGAAAAAUGAUUGGUUGUCUUGCAAAGAUAGUAGCGUGACUAUUCAACCGAAUAUAAUUGAGAAGAAUGAUAUCUUUCACGAGCUUAACGCAAAAGAAAUCAAUAUGGUCAUCAGUUACAUUAAGAAAAAUUUUGAUAUCAAACCGAAGGGAAAUUACACUAUCAAGAACCUUCAUUUCAUCCAUUCAGUAGAAUUGUACCUGCCUGAUAAACUUGAUGCAUUGAAAUAUUUAGAUCAAAAUGGAAAAAAACCUGAAAGGAGAGCUAUAGUUACUAUAGUCCACGCUCCCUAUAACAUAACUUAUUACAUUGUUGGACCAAUUCCCAUGCCGAAAUAUCACAACAUUGCUAAUUUUACUGACCGGAAAAAUCCUCUGCCAUACAUACCAGACGCAGCAACAUUAACUAGAAAUCCAGAAUCACGCAAUCUCUACAAAGACGCAGCUAAAUAUUUAUGGCCGUUGUUUAAAGAUACAUACGAGAUAUUGCAAAAAUAUAAUACGUUUGACGAAGCGUUUAAAGCCGGAUUUAAUUUUUUUGCACCGGGUGGAUCUGUACAAAGGAGAAGAGGGGAGUUUUAUACAGACAUUACAUUUACAUAUCCCAGAAAUGCACAUUUGAGACAUCUAGAUAUGAUUACGUUAUCAGUCAACUUUUCAAGUUCGAAAGAGGAAGAGUGGAGUCUAACAAAAGUUAUCUACAACUUGAAAGCCUACAACAGCACAAAACAACUAAUGCAAGAGUAUAACGCAGGUACACUGGCAGUCGUAACAGUUCCACAAAUUCCUGAUGAUGUCUUGAAAAGAGCAAAUCAGAAGCGACGUGGCGAAAACACUAAUGACAUCUUUCCGUCAAUGGAACCUAUCAUGUUUGCACCCAACGGUCCACGCUUCUCUGUACGCGGACGACAAGUUAAAUAUAUAGAUUGGAAAUUUAACUUUCUUGUACAACCUUCCACGGGUCCUGCAAUAUUUGACGUCCGCUACAAGAAGAAAAGAAUAGCGUUUGAGAUAAGCCUUCAAGAAGCAGCCUCUUUGUAUGCCACCGGUGGAUCUCACCUUAAAUUUACUAACAUAAUCGACUCGACUUGGUAUCUUGGAAAAACCUAUACCUUAAUAAGCGUCACUGAUUGUCCGCAGCAAGCAGUGUACUUAGAUAUAGACGCCUACCUUGGUACAAAAGUAGUAUCUAUAAAAAAUGCAGCAUGUAUCUUUGAGCAGGUGGGCAGUGUUCCUCUUCGACGACAUCAUCAUCAAAACAAGAACGGGUAUGCAUAUGGUGCCUUAUCAGAUGCAUCCUUGGUUGUAAGAUUUGUGACGGAUAUGACGAACUACGAUUACAUUAAUGAUUUUGUUUUCCAUCAAAAUGGUGUCAUUGAAGUGAAAACAACAGCAACUGGUCAUCUCCUUACUAGUCCAUAUUACGCACAAAAUGAAAACAAAUAUGGCUACCAAGUUGUGGACAACUAUCUGGGUGGUAUUCACGAUCAUAUGAUGUUAUAUAAAGUUGAUUUGGAUAUCUUAGGAACAAAGAACACUUUUAAAACGAUGGAUAUAAAGUUGGAAACAAGACAAGAUGCAUGGGAUAUUCGUCCAGUUGUCAAAAAAUACAUAAAGCAUAAUAAACAUACGACAGAAAAAGACGCAGCGAUACAAUUUAACUUCGACCAUCCAAAAUAUUACAUUAUCUCAAAUGAAAAGGAAGAAAACAAAUACGGAAACGUCCGUGGUUAUCGAAUAUAUGUGCAAAAUAAGGUCAAACAAGUUUAUCCGGUAGAACAUGAAGGUACCAAGCACACUGGAUGGUCAAAAUACCAAGUGUCAAUCUCGAAGUUUAAAGAAACCGAGAGAUAUGGAAGCUGCAUGUUCAAUUACUAUCCGCAAUACCUUGAUCCAACAUGUUCCUUUGAUGCGCGUAUUGAUGACGAUGAAAGUAUUGUUGAUGAAGACUUAGUUGCGUGGAUUCCUAUUGGUGGUCUUCACAUUCCUUGUACUGAAGAUUACCCAAGUACCCCUACCACCGGGAACCAGUUUGCGUUCUUUAUCAAACCUUUUAAUUAUUUCGAUGAGGAUCCAAGUUUUACUUCGUUAAAUUCUGUUUAUAUUGAAGAAAAUGGCAAAUCAAAAUCGAUUAAUGCAUAUGGUACACCAAAUAAAGCAACAUGUCCGAUACCCUCGCGAGAAUUCAGAUAAAUUUGUAUUGACUGUUAUUCUACUUUUUUAGAAUUUUCGUUUUCGUGGAAGAUGCUCAUACAAGUGUGACGUAAACGCAAAAAAACUAGUGACGGUUAUGCUAAGUUUUCUUUAGUUUGAGUCUAUUUGUUUUUUUUUUAUAGAAACCCAUAAAAUUCUCUAAAUAAUUUAGCUACUUGUCAACAGAUAUUUUUUGUCCGUGAGCGACACCAAGAAAUAUGAAAAAUAAAUAAAUAUAAUAAAGGUAAUAGGUAAUGUUUCCAUACAAUUUCUUUUUAAGAAUACUGUUUAUUGACUCCUGUUUUUCUUCGUACGCCUGAAUGGACAAUUUUUUUACUAGAUGAUAAAAAUCUUUACUGAAGAAAACAAAGAUCGACGACUAUUUUAAACGAUCUUUUUCUCGAGAAAAGGAAAUGAAAGACUAGAUAAAUUUCAGACUUUAAUAUUUUUUGUUUCAUUAACUUUAGAUGUAAUAUGGAUAUUGUAUGUUGUAGGAAAAUUUAAUUUAGAAGGGA